CGAAGUGGUGAUGGCAUCGGUCACCAGUCCGAUGGUCCGGGAGAAAGAACAGGUUAAUCACUAAGCCGGCUUCUUCCGCCGGGCUGUGAAGAGGUCAUCCGAGGAUCUAUCUGUUGACUCAUUUCCACCGGCGAAGCCUCGCUCUCUACACAUGAAGCACAGUGCGAGGUGGAACGCUCACCGUCACUGCUGCUCAUCCAUCGCUGUGCGAGGCAACGACGGCGCCAAUAGAGUAGUAUGGCGCCCAAACGCAAGGCGCCAGCGACAGACGGUCGACCUUCCAAGCGAGUCGCCUCUGGUAUUAGCACGCCUGUAAGCAUCGACAGCGACGAUGAUUACAGCGAGAGUGAUGCUCUAUCGGGAGAUGGGCGACAAACACCGGUGCGGCAGAAAAAGUACGAUGCAGUGAUCAACAAGUACCAACCGUCUACAUACGAUGCAGCGAAGAAGAAGGCCUUUAAGGCCGAUCCUGCCGGCCAUCUCUUCAAAUCGAAUCGUGACUUCGUCGAUGAACAACUGAAGCCUGACCAUCGACUGCGUCCGCUGUGGAUCGACAGGCAUAGAGGAAGGGUAGUACUUGAGACCUUCUCACCCAGCUUCAAGCAGGCGCAGAACUUUCUCAUCAAUAUUGCAGAGCCACAAAGUCGGACGACGAAUAUGCACGAGUACACGAUCAACGCGCAUAGUCUCUUUGCGGCAGUCUCGGUAGGUCUUACCGAACAAGAUAUCGUGCGGCAACUGGAACUCUUUUCCAAGACAAAGGUGCCAGAAAGCAUGAUUGAAUUUGUACACAGCGUCACGCAGUCCUUCGGUAAAGUGCGUCUUGUAUUGAAGCAUAAUCGAUAUUUCAUUGAGAGUCAAGACGCUUCGGUACUCCAGAUGCUGUUACGUGAUCCAGUCAUCAGCACGUGCCGUGUCGAGGAAUCCGACGAGCUACGCACGGAAAAGGCGGCGAAGAUGGGCGGCUUGAUUAUACCCGGCACAAGAGAAGCACAAGGGAACCGAGAGGCGCAAGCCCGGCUGGAACAGCAGCAAAAGCAGAGGCGAGAGCAGGGCGAGGACGAGUCCGAUGAUGAAUUCGGUGGCCAGGAGGCGGAGAAGGACAUGACGGAAUUUCUCCGCGAAGAGGAGGAUGAUGACGAAUUGGAUGAAGUGCAUUCGUUCGAAAUUGAUGGCAGUAAGAUUCAGAUCGUGCAGGAACACUGCAAUGUUAAGCUUGGCCUACCCUUGACAGAAGAGUACGAUUUCCGGGCUGAUGAGCAAAAUGCCACGCUUGACAUCGACUUAAAACCUCAGACUCAGAUCCGGUACUACCAAGAACAUGCCCUCAGUAAGAUGUUCGGCAACGGUCGUGCCCGAAGCGGCAUCAUUGUUCUACCUUGCGGCGCCGGCAAGACGCUGGUUGGUAUUACCGCAGCCUGUACGGAGAAGAAGAGUGUUAUCGUCCUCUGCACGAGCGCCACCAGCGCGGGCCAAUGGCGUGCAGAGUUCAUCAAGUGGUCCAACGUUAAUCCUGACGAUGUCAUCAUCUUCACCUCAACCGAGAAAGGACGUGUACCUAACCGUGCCUGCAUCAUAGUAUGCACAUACAGCAUGGUGACGCAAAAUACACGGCGCGCACACGAUAGCAAGCAGACAAUGGACCAGAUUACGAGCCGCGAAUGGGGACUCAUGGUUCUGGACGAAGUGCACGUUGUCCCGGCGGAGAUGUUCAGGCGGGUGACUGAGCGCAUCAAGACGCAUUCCAAGCUUGGCCUUACCGCCACACUACUUCGUGAAGACGACAAGAUCAAGGAUCUUAACUUUCUCAUCGGUCCCAAGCUCUACGAAGCCAACUGGCUGCAGCUCAGCGAAGAAGGCCAUAUCGCUCGGGUGCAAUGUGCCGAGGUGUGGUGUCCGAUGACAACCGAGUUCUACAGCGAAUACAUCCAAGCACAGACGACGAACAAGAAGAGCCUUCUCUCCAUCAUGAACCCGCGCAAGUUCCAAGCCUGCCAAUUCCUCAUCGACUUCCAUGAGCGACGUGGGGACAAGAUCAUCGUCUUCUCCGACAAUGUCUACGCUCUGAAACAGUACGCCGAAGGACUUAAGAAACCGUACAUCUAUGGCGAUACCGGUCAACGCGAACGCGACUUAGUCUUGCAGAACUUCCAGUUUAACGACGCAGUCUCCACCAUCUUCCUGUCCAAGAUUGGCGACACCUCACUCGACCUACCGGAAGCUACAUGCUUGAUUCAGAUAUCUUCGCACUACGGCUCGCGAAGACAAGAGGCGCAGCGUCUUGGCCGCAUCCUCCGCGCCAAACGCCGCAAUGACGAAGGAUUCAACGCUUUCUUUUACUCGCUCGUUAGCAAAGACACGAACGAGAUGUACUACUCCAGCAAACGGCAAGCCUUCCUUGUCGACCAAGGCUACGCAUUCAAAGUCAUCACGCACCUGAACGGCAUAGAUCGGAUGCCCGAUCUCCGCUUCAGCACGCAGGAAGAGCGCAUGACGCUGCUUACCGAUGUCUUGCUACAAUCCGAAACGGCUGGUGAUGAGGAGAAAAUUGUCGACGAUCUCUUCUCGGACCGUGCCACUUUUAGGAAGUCUGGAGUGGGGAAGAAGGGUAGUGGGGUAAAGCGGCAGGCCGGCACGCUUGCGAGUUUAGCUGGCGGAGAAGAUAUGGCGUACCUGGAGUAUGCGAAAGGUAGUCGGAGUAAUAAGGCACUGGCCGGGCCGCGGAGCGCGUUCUUCAGGAAGGAGGAUAGAGACCGGGAGAGGAGGAAGAAGGCUCAGAGGGAGCUCAUGGAUUAGCUGGCUCAAUUUUACAAGAAGCAGCUCUGAUCUAGCUUUUGCUACGAGUAUCGUUCGGAGAUACCGUUCAAAAGAUUGCUUGGAUUUCUCGCUCGCACACUUUGCAUUGCACUUUCCAUCGCAAACGCUACGAUCGAUACCGUCGUAAUCCGCCACAGCUCUCGCAAGACUGACAAGGUCAGUCAUGAGUCACUCACAUACUUCCACUUCUUGUCGCCUUUCGCUCCCAAAUAUGCAAACUGUGAGCUUAGUGUAUCUCUGAUCGUCUCUACAGUCAUCUUCGGAAACCUACAACA